AUGCCUGGCUCACUGUUCCCUCGCUCGGAAUCUCUAAUCCCCGAUUCGCCGCCUACCCCUGAAGUCCAAGAGCGCCGUAAAGUUGAGCAGACUCGGCCCCCUACGGAGAAGUCAGAGAAGGCGAAGGGAAAGGAGCGCGCGUGGGACACAUCAGGCGAAGUGCAGGUGCGCGGCAAAGAGCGAGAGCUGCGUGCGGCUCGCGAGGCGCAAGCUCGCGACGAGCCUGGCCGAGACGACGAGGAACGUGAAUGCGAUAAACUACGUAUACGGAUGCUGGAAGAAGAGAUCACACGGCUGCGAGCCCAGCUUGCAGCUCGGAACGAUGGUUCUAGUCAUUUACAACCACCUCCGGCUCCACCUCCACCGCCUACGGCGAAACUUUUCAAAGCCCCCAUCACGCCUACUGGUGCACGCGCAAACUCAUUCCUCGCUUCCGCCCGUGCGCACCUGAAACCAACAACACCUCCUAUUGAAGCCCCUAUCAACGCUGCAGCUGGUCGGACGCGUCGAGCAGGUCAACCCACGGUCAAUGUGCCAUCCGACAAGAUGGCUGCCUUCCUGAAAGAGAUGAAGACCGUGCGGUUGCGCAAGGUCAGCACAGGAGAGAGUGACAGUAGGGCAAUGCCACCGCCUCGAUACGUCCCUGGGGAGAGGUCAUUCAGCGCUGUCGAAAACAACAUCGGAGAAAAGCGGAAACGCGACGCUUUAUUCGUCGGUGACAUGGAUCCAGGGCCGUCAAAGAAGCGCAAUACAACGUUCAUCGUGCCAAGCACUAGCGCCGGGUCCUCCGCGUCCUCGCAGUCCUCACAAUCCUCACAGACGUCAGCGAACUCUUCACUGUUCUUCCCGCAUCCAGAUCAUGUCCCUCCGCGAGGAUGGCCUUCGGUUGCAACGACCGAGACAGACAUCACCACUCCGUCGCUGUGCUCGGACAACGAGAACGAGAACGAGAAUGAGCAAGAUGCAGAUGAUCGCCUGCCACCCACUCCACCUCACAAUCGUAUACGCCAUUCAGCGCCAGGACGCGUGGAUCAACGGAAGCCCAGCAGCUCACGCGAUGUUAUCGACGUAGAUGCAGAGUUUCCGGAGCCCAACCCAGUAUUCCAACCGCAACCGCGACCAGCUCGUCAAGAAAAGACCCCGCCCUACGUUGAUUUCCUCGCGCGUCGCCCACCGAAUUCACCCAUGCCGCCUACGCCUGUCCGAAGAGUUCCCGCCCCGGCACGCAAGCGUGCGAAACCACAACCUGCACCUAUGGUCGAUGAGGACGUGUCGGACGACUUGGGGCGACCCGGCUCGACGCCACAUCCUACACGAGAGAAACGGCCUGCGCGGAAGUCUGGCUCGAGGACUUCGUCAAGUGCAUCACGCGAAACCAGCGCGCACAGCAGUGCGAAGUCUCAAGAGGCUCCGUCGAACCGAGCACGGAGGCGCCGCACGCUUGAUGACGAGCUGCGCCGUGCGGGCGAUAGGCUCUGGGAUCCGGACGCCCUCUCGGACGACGAGUUGGCGGGGGGCGUCGAGAGCAGCGAGCUCGUCGGCGUGGGGAUGAAAAGCAAGAAGAAGGGCUUCCUCAAAGGCGGCGGGGCUGCUGGCAAGCCUGUCUUCGUGGGCGUGGGGCAUGUCCAAGGCGUCGAGGACGACGGGGACGACGAGGAUGAGGAUGACCCCCCGCCUCCUGUUCCACGGCGGAGGAAGGGGGCAAAGGCCAGGGAACGUGUCGAGUGA